GAGGCCCUUAAAACACACACACACACACAUGAACUUGACAUAAGUGUCUGUGAGGAUACAGGUUCAAUCCCCAGCCUUGCUCAGCCGAUUCAACCCUUGGCCUGGGAACUUUGAUAUGCUGCAGGUGCAGCCUUAAAAAAAGAAAAAAAAAAUUCUCCCAGCAGUUCCUGUUGUGGCUCACCAGGUUAAGGACCCAGCGUCUUUUUGAGGAUUCAGGUUCAAUCCCUGGCCUCGUAGAAUGGAUUAAGUUUCCAGCAUUGUACUGUUCAGGUUUGAUCCCUGGCCCAGGAAUUUCCACAUGCUCUGGGUGCAGCCAAAGUAAAUUUUUUUUAAAAAAGGAUUUUUUAACAUGGAUAUAUCUUGGGAUUAUUGAGAGCAGGUUUCCUUCUUCUUAAAAGGAAUGCUUUCAACUUCAUUAUGGUGAUGUGUGCUCUUGGAUAUUUGAAGAUUGCCUUUAUCAGGUUAUUUUUUCCCCCAAUAUCAAUGGGUAGUGACCAUUUUGAGUAGUUUUGCAUCAAGAUGAAUCAACUUUUUCCCCUUUAAUGCCCAUAGUUUUCUCGUCUAACAUUUGCUCUUUAACUUCAACAAAUGCCUCUUGGUAUACAUUUCUUCUCAGGUUUCCCUUCUCAGUUCUCUUUCCUCAUCCAUUAAGUGUUGGUCUUCUCCAGUUUCUUCCAUCACUACCCACUGUUCAAGCUCCUGCUCUUUGUAGGUUUCCUAGGAUUUUAAAGGUUGGGGGAUGAUGACAGAGUUUUCAAACACUGUGUCUCCCCACAGUCUCUCCUCUCCACUAGCACAUGUGAUUUCAAGUUAAAGCCCUGGAUAGGAAACUAGGUGGCUCGACUUCCGGUUCUGUCAAUCUCCAAUUAGGCAGCAAGACAAUCCCUUAGUGCCCUGCCUUUCAGUCUCCUAAAUAAAACCCCUGCCUUGCGUACCUCCAGGACUGUUUGGCAUACCACCCUGUAAAUCAUUCACAGGUAAGGGGCUGCUGUUUGUGUUACUAAGAUUACAACAAGAAGUGUGAGAUAACCAUAGCCUGGAUUUGGAAGCUAGUGAACUCCAGAUCCAGUCUCGGUGAGCAGUGUGACUUAGUACUUGUUACUUAACCUUUCUUUAGAAAGGUUUAGGUUGACCUGGUUCCUUCAUCUGGCUUGCAGGUAAGAAAUGCGAAGCACUUGGCACAUAGAGCACAAUGAAUUAGCUAGCGAAGAGAUGAUGCACGUUAAGUUAGUCUGAAAAGUAUAAAAUACUCCACAAAUGGAAGCAGUUGUCUCUCGGUGGGUUCUAGGAUGGGAAGGUCUCAAGCCCGUUCUGCAACACCAGGAACAGCGCCCAGGUCGUAGAAGGCAGGGGGAGGAAAGUCACUGCAGAGAAAAGUCCUCCCCUGGUCCUCGAAUCCCCCACGUUGCGCUCUCCUGGAGCGCCGAGCGGUGCUCGAAGUCCUUCAGUUCGAUGACAGAUGCCAAAAAGAGAGGGGAACGGGCAGGCUUGGCCACUCGCACCUCCGCAGGAGGGACACAGCUUCCGCUGCCGGGAUCAGUUCCGCGAGGCGGAGAGACGACGCGCACUGGCGAUAACCGUCUUAACCCCGUCGGGGCUGACGAGUGCGCAUCCUGUCGCUGCCGAUAGGGGCACUCGUCCUGCCACGCGCCCGGCACGGUCCCCUUUGCGCAUGCGUAGUUCCUUCCGGCCAGCGUCCCCACCCCCACAGGAGUUACGUACGGGCGGGGUGUUCCCUGCACUUUCCGAGGCGGCGAGCGGCGGCCCGGACCAACCGGAAGUCCAGCGCGACAACCGCUAGAGGAGAGGUAGGGUAGGAGGAGAAGCUGUGGAGCCGGAAGUGUGACCAACCAGCUUUUCUACCCGGGCGGGGAAGCCGGAAGGAGACGGCGCCGGCAGGCGGGGCGUGGCCUCGGCGGCGGCGGGCGCUAGGAUUGGCCCGCGGCUGCGGCCACGGCGAGGAUUGGUCCUGGCGUGCGGAGCGAGAGGUCGCCCUUGUUGGAAGUGAAGGGGAACAUAGAGGUAAAGAGACCCCUGCCCAAGCCCCCUUCCCGGCUGCCCUUGUCAGGAAGCAGACUUAAGAGGGGGCCUGAGCAGAUGGAGGAGGCCUUGGAACCUGAGAAGAAAAGGACGCGAGGCCUGGGCACCAAAAUCGCCCCGUCCCGCCCCAGAGCAGCGUUGCUCACCGCAGUGCCUCAGACGCAGGGCCAGGCUGCAGCGCGCACGGCUCCCAAGAAGACAGGACCCCGCUGUCCCACAGCUGUUGCCACAGUGCUGAAGAAUCAGAAGCCAGGCCCUGCUGUUCCUGCCCAGAAGCCUGGCACAGCUGCCCCUCCCAUGGUGGGAGGGAAGAAGCCCAGCAAACGUCCGGCCUGGGACUUAAAGGGUCAGUUAUGUGACCGAAUGGCAGAGCUGAAAUGCUGCCGUGAGAGGAAUCAGAUUUUGGAUCAGGAGAACCAACAGCUGCGGGACCAGCUUAGGGAGGCCCAGCAGCAGGCCUCGACCCUGGGCGCAGAGCGCCGGACACUGGAAGAGGAGUUGGCCCGGGUUCGGGUCCAGGCUGAGCAGGGCCAGCAGGAGCUGGGGAGGCUGAGUGCCCAGGUUCUGGAGCUGGAGGAGCGGCUGGGCACGCAGGAGGGCUUGGUGCAAGUGCUUCAGAGAGAGCAGCUGGGGCUGCAGGAGGAGCGGAGGGGGCUGGCCACCCGGCUGGAGGAGCAGGAGCGGAGGCUGCAGGCAUCGGAGGCAGCGCUGUCGGACAGCCAGGCGGAGGUGGCAUCUCUUCGCCAGGAGGCUGCGGCCCAGGCAGUCUUGCUGGCCGAGCGGGAAGACCGCCUGCACGGGCUGGAGAUGGAGCGCCGGCGGCUCCACAACCAGCUUCAGGAGCUCAAAGGCAACAUCCGCGUGUUCUGCCGUGUCCGCCCAGUCCUCCCUGGGGAGCCCACCCCGAACCCCGGCUUCCUCCUGUUCCCUGGCGGGCCCGCUGACCCUCCAACACGCCUCAGCCUCUCCCGGUCUGACGAACGGCGUGGGACCCUGAGUGGGGCACCGGCCCCCCCCACGCGACACGACUUCUCCUUUGACCGGGUCUUCCCACCAGGGAGCAGGCAGGAUGAAGUGUUUGAGGAGAUUGCCAUGCUUGUGCAGUCUGCCCUGGAUGGUUACCCAGUGUGCAUCUUUGCCUAUGGCCAGACCGGCAGUGGCAAGACCUUCACCAUGGAGGGUGGGCCUGCGGGAGACCCCCAGGUGGAGGGACUGAUCCCCCGGGCCCUGCGGCACCUCUUCUCUGUGGCACAGGAGCUCAGUGGCCAGGGCUGGACCUACAGCUUUGUGGCCAGUUACGUCGAGAUCUACAACGAGACUGUCCGAGACCUGCUGGCCACUGGAACCCGGAAGGGCCAGGCGGGUGAGUGUGAGAUUCGCCGGGCAGGGCCAGGGAGUGAGGAGCUUACUGUCACCAACGCCCGCUACGUUCCUGUCUCCUGUGAGAAAGAGGUACAGGCCCUGCUCCAUCUGGCCCGCCAGAACCGGGCUGUGGCCCGCACAGCCCAGAAUGAACGGUCAUCACGCAGUCAUAGCGUGUUCCAGCUGCAGAUCUCUGGGGAACACGCGGCCCGAGGCCUGCAGUGCAUCGCCCCGCUCAGUCUUGUGGACCUGGCCGGGAGCGAGCGGCUGGAUUCCGGCCUCGCCCUUGGCCCUGGGGAGCGGGAACGCCUUCGGGAAACACAGUCCAUUAACAGCAGCUUGUCCACACUGGGGCUGGUCAUCAUGGCCUUGAGCAACAAGGAGCCCCAUGUGCCUUACCGGAACAGCAAGCUCACCUACCUGCUGCAGAACUCUCUGGGUGGCAGCGCUAAGAUGCUCAUGUUCGUGAACAUCUCCCCCCUGGAAGAGAAUGUCUCUGAGUCUCUCAACUCCUUGCGCUUUGCUUCCAAGGUGAACCAAUGUGUCAUUGGUACUGCCCAAGCCAACAAGAAAUGAAGACGGAUCUAGAGUGUGUGUGUGUGUGUGUGUGUGUGUGUGUGUGUGUGACACACACGGGGAAGGGAGGUGGGUGCGGGUGCUUUCUUGGUGGGGGGUGCUGUGAUAUCUGGGCCUAUCAAAUAAAGAAGAGGUUUUUUCGCUGUUUUUAAAUAAAGGUUUUAUUAGCGGUUGCCCAA